UGAUGGAAGAGAAAGAGGUGGAGAAAAGCAGUGAACAGCUCCAAAGCUUGAUCGCAGAUGGAGUUCAUAAGGCCAUUCUGACUUCUCCAGGUAUACUGAAGAAAUACAGUCUGCUGAAGGCUCUACUUGAAAGGAGGCAGAGACAGGCUACCAGAUUUUUGGAGCUUUGCGAGUCUGCGUUGGUAUUUGAGAACACGGUGAAAGAGCUGUACUCUCAUUUGGAAUGGGAGUACACCGAACUGGAUUCAGACAGUAACCACGGCACUAGAACCACACGCUUCAGAGGUAGCAUCUCCAGACCUCCAUCCUCCUCAGUUACAACUCCUCAGGCAUCAUCUCCCGAAAAUGAAGAAAAUCAAGAGAAAAUGAAUCCUCAGACAAGCUCCCCUGACAUUUUAAACAAAAACGUGAAGGUGGUUUUGAGACGCCUUGAAAGUUCAGCGGUUGCUGCUACUAAUUGCCCGGCUUCACCCGAUGCCCACAACGAGGAAGAUGUUGAGAUUAUCUCUGAUGAGUCGUUAGUCGAAUGGAAACCAGAUGGAGAGAGGAGUGAAUCUGAGUCUUCUGACCCAGACUUUGUUAUGAAAAAAAAGAGGAAAAUUAAAGCAAAAAGAAGAAAAGAUAAGAAGGUAAACCCAUCUUCCAAAAGAAGGCGGCAGUCUGCUCCUAAGGCAAGGAAGGAAAACACUCCAGUGUCUACAUCCAAUACAGUUUCUUACAUUGUUAGUGAUAACAAAUCGUCAAGCUCACCAGAAACCUCAGAUACAGAUCAUGAAGUCUGCCAACAAGAAGCAACAGCAUGGCGGUCCAACUCUACGAAAACCGCAGCGCGUCUCUCCACUAAGAAAACAGAGACAUCCCAAAACCAUGCAAAACCAGCAACAAAAACUCAAGACCAAUCAGCACCCAAAGCUGUGGUUUUAAAAACGACGACCAAAUCCAACACAGCAAACACGACAGCCCAAGCUACCAAAACACCGCAGUCCCUUACAGACGGCUCUGCAGGCAAAGUGAUUAAAACAUUCACGACUAAAGUAGGGACCCCUGCGAGCGAAGGGACGUCUAAAACGGUCAAAAUAACUCGAAUUGUGCCAAAAGGAGAAAUUAAGGUGAACAUGAAUGUCUUGGCGAGAAAGAAAUCUAUGUGCUGGGAGCGAGGGAAAGUUUCAGAAAUAAUUACAAGAGAAAGUGGUAAGGUGAAAUACAAGAUCACUUUUGCGGAAAAGGGAAAAGUCCUUGUUUCCGGUCACCACAUUGCCUUUGAUGGGUUGCCAAGGUUGGAGGAUCUGUCUUUAGGUUGUCGUGUGGUGGUCAAGUGUCCGAAUGAGACCUUCCAGCCCGGUAUACUGUGCGAGCUUCCCAGCCGAAAAAACCGCAUGAGAUUCCUGGUGUAUAUUGAUGACCACACGCCCAUUUAUGUUAGCUUACGAGAACUUUUUCUGGUGUGCAGACCAUUGGCAGAUCCUUUAGAAGAAAUUCCUGAUGACAACCACAGAGUAUUCAUGCAAAAUUAUUUAAAACUCUGGCCUUACCCGCAUCAGCUCCAGAUAAAAGUUGGAGAGACUUUAAAGGCUGAAUAUAAAGGCGUGAUGCAGACAUGUAAGAUCAUCACAGCUGAUUGCAGCUUAAUUGAGGUCAUUUUUGAGAGUGAUCAACAUAAGGAGUGGCUCUACCGAGGCUCGUUACGUCUGGAGCAUAUGCUCCAUAUGAAUCAAAAGUCGCAGCAGAAUUCAACAAAGUAGCUUAAUUGGAAAGAGGAUCAUUGAAGCCAACGUAUUGCGUAAAGGAGGAAGAUGACCAUCUCCUGGUGCACAUAUUCCAGAGGUUUUCCAAAUUCCUCUGCCAUUAGGAACUCAUGUACAGCUUUUCUUAAGUCACACUGCAAUGCUCGGCCUGCAGCGGUAUCUAAGUUGAAAGCUUUCUGCGGGUUGUCCAAAAGCCCAUGUUAAUAUUGAGUUCUAGAAGUGACGGGCCUGUCUCCAAAAAAAAAAAGACAAAACGGUGCCUGCAUGCUGGGAAAGAGCCAAUGAUUUUUGAGCCACUUAAGGUUAUACCUCAAUGAAGUUCCUGAGAACUCUUAAUUUUCCAAAUAUGUUGAAUUGUUGCUACGUUUUUAUAGUAUGUUUAAAAUAUGUUUUUUUGGGAGUAUUACUUUCCAAAUACUCUGUAUUUAAAAUAAAAUUUAUCACAUCUUCAUCAUGUAUGCAUUAGUUACUG